AUGUCUGAAUAUUGGAAGUCAGGUGAACGACAUUAUUGUAAAUUUUGUAAAUGUUGGUUAGCUGGAAAUAAAAUUAGUAUUGAUUUACAUGAACGUGGUAAUCAUCAUAAAAGUAUGGUUAAAACUAAACUUGAUCAAUUACGUAAAGAAAGUAUUGAAAAAGAACAUCAAAAUAAACAACUUAAUCAAACACUUGGACACAUGGAACGUGCUGCUAAUGAAUCAUUUCGUCGUGAUAUGGCAUUGAAUUCAAAAAAUGUUUCAACUUAUGGUGAAGGAAAUAAUUCAUCAUCAUCCGAUAUUAAUCUUCCAUCAAAACUUAAACGAUCAAUAAAUCAACCUGUACAAGUACAAUGUAAAAAACCGAAAUUUGUUCUUAAAACUCCAACACCUAAACCAAUUUUUGAACCUAUUCCUACAUUAACAGAAUCAAAAGAAGAAGAAGAAGAAGAAAAAGAAAUAUCAACAACAAAUAAUGAUAAACAAGAAGGUACUUGGUAUGAAUCAAAAACUGAAACACAAGAAUCAUUCUAUUGGAAUGAUACAACUGGUGAAUCAACAUGGAUACCACCAGCUGUUUAUCUUUCAAUUGAACAACAACGAGCAAAAGGAUUAAAAGUUUGA